AAGAACAUCAAGCAAGACACUAACUUCCCAGAAAAUUUUCUUCGAAAUAAUCCCGGUCGACGCUCUGCGAUCGAGUGAGCGCUCCGGACAGCUGACCGCGGCACCCUUUCACGCACCGCAGGACUCUGUGGAUUUGGAUAUUUCGGCUGCCACCGAAAGUGCUCCCGACUCUGGUUCUAGCUUUGAAGUGUUCGAAAUGGCGAAGAAUACCCUGUCUUCCACAUUUCGGAAGUUGGACAUCGAUCAGUACAACGACGAUCUUUACGUGGAAGAGAGUGGCGGUGAAUCGGCCGAAAUCGCCCAUCAAGGACCCGAUGAAGCUGAAGUGAACGCUCUGCUCAAUGGGUCAAAGGCGGAAGAGGCACUUAAGGUCGUGCUCCGGAACGCACCCAUCAACGCCAAAGGAUUCGAUGUCAAGGACAAAGCCUUUGCUCUCGCAAUGAAGUGCAUGUUGGCGAUCCGAACCUCGGAAAUGGAUGCUCUGGUGCAAUCUUUGGAACCGGAACUGGUGGACACCCUCAUGAAAUACAUUUAUCGCGGCUUCGAGUCGCCCAGCGAAGGAUCUUCGGGACACUUGCUCGCCUGGCACGAGAAAGCAUUUGCUCACGGGGGGCUUGGUUCGAUCAUCAGAGUAAUGACGGCAAGGAAAACCGUUUGAACGUCUGAACGUCUGUUCCUCGACGUGACGAUGGCGUAUGAUCGAAUGGCUACAAUCAUGAUGCGUGGAACUCUGAAUGGAAAUCAAGCUCCAAUAAGAUGGAUGACGCCUAAUUUCAUUCGUAGAAGACGGGGUGGAAAUCAGAAUGGUUGGAGUGUAGCGAACAAUUUUCUCGUCUGACAUCAUUGAAUGUUCCACCGUGGAGUCAUUGGAAACCCAAAGCGAUUGCUCUGUUGUAACUAUUUAUACAAAG